AUGGAGCAUAAUUCAAAAUUGGUUAAGGAUCCAGGUGGGAAACUUGUAAACAUUACAUUGUUCAAGCAACUUGUUGAGAUUCUUAUGUAUAUUAUAGCCACAAGACCAGACAUAAUGCAUAAUGUGGGCAUUAUCAAUAGAUAUAUGGAGAAGCCUAUGCAACAACACCUCUUUGCAACCAAAAGAAUUUUGAGAUAUCUCAAAGGGACAACUGACUCUGGUUUGUUCUACAAGAAGAAUGAUCAAAGUAAAUUAAUUGGGUUUGUAGACAGUGAUUUCACAGGAGACAUGGAUGAUAGGAAAAGUACAACAGGUUAUGUUUUCAAGUUAGGUUCUGGUGCAAUUGCUUGGAGUUCCAAGAAGCAACCAAUAGUUACUCUCUCUUCCACUGAAGCAGAGUAUGUAGUUGCAAAUCAGGUGCCUCUCAAGUUGUUUGGAUGUGAAGAAUUCUAG